ACCCCUCUGGGCACGCGCACAGGAAACCUCUUGCCACACACACCAGCUGCGGUCAUUCUAGCCAAUAUCACCCCACUCGUUUCCCCGCCCCUAAGGGCCUCUCACGCUCUCUUUCAUUCCACCAGCUAUAACUGCAACUGCUCGGCAUCGACAACAGCUGACUGCUAAGCCUCCAAUGAGCGGCAGCACCAAGAACAACGUAGAGGCUAACCCCGCUGGGCAGGUCUGGGCUUCACCACAGGACGAGACUGGCCCGUUUCCUGAUGGGACCGAACCACUCCCUGACUCCCCGACCACAAUAGCUCGCCGCCACUCGUACCCCUCCAGAAAGGAGUCCAAAGACAUUGAAAGGAAUGUGAAUAUGAAAGGAGUGCCAAUCCAGGCGAUCGAAUCGAGGGUGCCGCGGAGGGGCAAGACGACUCUAGAAGUCGUGAGGGAGCACACAUCUAUGUUGCUCAAGCCGCAGAAUCCGCCGCCUCCGGAUCACCCCAAGCCGACUUGGGCAGGAAGCUUGAAAGCCGUUGUAACUGCCAGUUGGCUCAACGUUUUGCUCGUUUGUAUCCCCGUCGGCUGGGCUCUCCAUUUCACAAGUGUCACUCCCAUUAUCGUUUUCAUAUUCACGUUCCUUUCUAUCAUUCCACUUGCGAAACUGCUAGCCUUCGCAACGGAGGAGAUUUCGCUUCGGGUUGGACAAACUCUAGGAGGAUUAUUAAACGCUACUCUUGGCAAUGCUGUCGAACUAAUUGUUGCGAUCAUCGCGCUGGCACAAUGCAAGCUCACGAUCGUACAGUCAUCGCUGGUGGGCUCUAUUCUUAGCAACCUGCUCCUGGUUCUCGGCAUGUGCUUUUUCGCAGGUGGGACUAAAUAUUCCGAACAAGGAUUCUUGGUUGCGCCAGCGCAGCUGAACUCAUCCUUGCUCGUUUUGAGUGUGAUUGCUGUUCUUCUGCCCGCUGCGUUCAACAUGGCGAUCACCGCGAGCAACAACGCGGACAACAAUACCAGCAAUGAUGUCAGUCCCCAAAAGGAAGGACAUGAUAUUCUUCAGAUGAGUCAUGGAGUAGCUGUCAUCCUUCUCAUAAUCUACGCCUGCAACCUGAUCUUCCAACUCUGGUCACAUGCGAAUGUCCUGAAUGAGGCUGCCUCCAAGUCCACCGCAUAUCCAGAAAAUAUCAAUCUGAAAUAUCAAUACAAGAAGAUGGGCAAGAGGCUGCAGAAGAUUGGCCGGCAGCGCAGCAAGGAUGACGAGGAGGUUCAGAGCGAGCCGGGAGCAGCAACUGCCUCAACUACGAGCCAUGAGCAGCAGUCGGGUGCGCGACAGCGUGUACCAGUAGAGUCUGCUGAGAAGACACCUGGGGCAGUGGAAAGGGCUGAGGCUCAUGAAGAAACUUCGGAAGCAGGAGAAGAACCCGAGUAUCCUACGAUGAACUUCGCCACUUGUGUCAUCCUCCUGAUCGUUGUUACUGUGCUCGUUGGCGUCACGGCCGAGUUCCUCGUGGAUUCCAUCGACGGUGUGACAGCUACUGGACACAUCAGCGAAGAAUGGGUCGGCUUGAUCCUCCUCCCGAUUGUCGGCAACGCAGCAGAACAUGUCACGGCAGUGACAGUAUCGGUGAAGAACAAGCUCGAUCUCUCUAUGGGUGUCGCAGUCGGAUCUAGCAUCCAGAUUGCUCUUUUCGUUAUCCCGUUCAUCGUGGUCCUCGCAUGGAUUAUGGGUAAGCCACUGACUAUGUUGUUUGAUCCUUUCGAGAGUGUGGUGUUGUUCCUCGCUGUGUUAACAGUUAACUACGUCGUUGCCGAUGGUCGGAGUAACUGGCUGGAGGGGAUGAUUCUCAUGAAUCUAUACGCAAUUGUAGCCGUCGCUUUCUGGUUCUACCCUGGCUUUAACCCGUCAUCUACGCUGGGCCUCACGUGCUAGUAAAGAGCCAGUCAUACUUGAUCUCUACAGAAGCGGCGGCGGAGGGUAUUAUCUGGUGCAUAUACACAGGGAACUUCCGCAGAUAACUGUACGCAUACACCUAGCACGUCGCGGGACGCGUUGGGCAGUGGUUGGGUGUUGAAGUCGGCACUUCGUAUUAGUCGAUUUCAGUGGGCUCUGGGAGCUUGUCAUGCGCAUUUCCCCUUCUCUAUUGUACGAUUACCUAGUCGGAGAGAUACCCUACAGUCAUUCAGCAUACAUCUAGC